AUGCAAUCGACCGCCCGUAGCAACACGGAUCCCCGUACCGGGUCCUUUUCCGCCUCGUGGGCAGCUCCCGGUUUGCGGUGGCACGGCACGCUAGUGCGGAAUCAAUCGGAACACGACGCCUUGAACUCCGCCGGACCACUUCAGGACAGUGAUGGCGUGCCGGUGGCAAAUUGGCCUCCGGCUGCCUCAGGUAGCAUGCGGUCGACCACUCGAGUGGUGGAAUCUGGUGAACGAACGGACUCACCGUUGCACAAUUGCACUACACUGCCACCGCGCAUCGAACCGAGAGAUGUCCAAGGACGUCCCGCUGAAGGACGUUCCCGUGAAGCACCGGGCACGGAUGGUGGUGAUUCCGCAAAUGGGUGCGAAUGGUGUGGUUCCCAUCUGUCUCAGCCACCCAUCGGGUGGGUGGAUGGUUCGAAAAGGCUUCAAAGUCACUUCGGCACCGAAAGUGGCACCAUCCAUCGGGCUAUCGUGGGUCAAACGACCAGGGCAACAGUUGGACGGCGACUCGGUGGAGUGCCACUCUUGGGAAAGCGAUCGGUUAGCAACUUUUUUGACAAGUUUGAAGAUUGCGCCCGAAUGCACGGUCAUCAAAUGCCAGCAGUGCACUCGGCCGAGCUCCUUAAGCGACGAAGAACCAUCGUCGGUACGAGUGGUGCGAUUACGCGAAAUGAUAGCUCUUCGGAUCACUCCAUGAAGCAAGCACUGUACAGACAGCAGAACUGUGACAACAUGAGCUCUGAAGCUCGUAUCGUCGGUGGAACGUUCGCACGAGCUGGCGAUGCACCUUUUCACGUUUCGUUGCGAAAUUUAGCCCACGAACGUCGGUACGGUUUCGGCAGUGGUCUGUUCUGUGGUGGAUCACUCAUUAGUGCCCGGCUGGUGUUGACCGCUGCACACUGCUGUAAGACACCCCCAUCCAACAUUGGCGUGGUAGCAGGCAUACGGAACCGUUACAAGCGAUCAUCACCGAUGCAGUUCCGUCGGGUGUUCCGAUACCUGUGCCAUCCACUCUGGAACGCAAGAACACUGUACGCCGAUAUCGCUUUGAUAUCCGUGCGAGUUCCAUUCGCUGUUGGCGUGCCUCCUGAAGGUGGCCUUGCCGCUGCAGUGCUGCCUGUGAAGCUAACAAACCGUGGCCCCGAACCGGACCAACGAUGUACCAUCUACGGUUGGGGACUAACGCAAGACGGUGUCGGUCCCGCGCUUCAUCCCGUCUGUCUGCAAAAGGCCACGAUCCGCGUGCUGGAACUGGAACGCUGCAAUAGCUCCCUGAGCGUGGUCAUAAACGUACCGGACGGCACGCUCUGUGCGGGCAGCUUCACCGGUGGGGUUGACUCCUGUAAGGGCGAUUCCGGUGGUGCGCUCGUGUGCGACGGUGCCCUUUAUGGGAUCGUUAGUUUCGGUUGGGGUUGCGGGCUGCCGCGCUUUCCCGGCGUGUACACCGACGCGUUUUGGUAUCGCGCGUGGGUGGAAUCGUCCGCUCGGACCGAUCCUGCAACGUGGAGCGGUACCGUACCGAUGGUUCGCGGCUGGAGCACGCUGCUGGGUGGAAUCAUAAUGUUUAGCACCGUCUUGCUGUCGUAA